UCGUGCCCCUGGAGUUCUCCCUCACCGUGCUGGAAGGCCUGGCUCUCUACUCGGAUCCCAACUUCAAGUUCUCCCUCACGUUGCUGGAAGGCUUGGCUCGCUACUCCGGCCCCAAUUUCAAGGUCAGACGUGUGCCUUCUCCCUCUCCCUCAUUCUGUUCCUUCAGGCCGCAUGUAGGCCUUCUCGCCCUCCCUCUCUCCCUCUCCCUCACGUUGCUGGAAGGCUUGGCUCGCUACUCCGGCCCCAACUUCAAGGUCAGACGUGUGCCUUCUCCCUCUCUACGCAGGGGCAAAGAGACCCCGUCUGUUGCCUCCCUGCAUCAUUCUCGCCUAAUCUCGUGCCGCUGUUUUCCCCUGUGUGCUCGUCCAAUCCAACAGGUGCUCGCAGCAGCAUACCCCUACAAGGCACAGCGCCUCCUGACCGACCCAAACCCCUACAAGGCACAGCGCCUCCUGACCGACCCAAACCCCUACAAGGCACAGCGCCUCCUGACCGACCCAAACCCCUACAAGGCACAGCGCCUCCUGACCGACCCAAACCCCUACAAGGCACAGCGCCUCCUGACCGACCCAAACCCCUACAAGGCACAGCGCCUCCUGACCGACCCAAACCCCUACAAGGCACAGCGCCUCCUGACUGACCCAAACCCCUACAAGGCACAGCGCCUCCUGACCGACCCAAACCCCUACAAGGCACAGCGCCUCCUGACCGACCCAAACCCCUACAAGGCACAGCGCCUCCUGACUGACCCAAACCCCCACCUGCGCGACGCCCUAAUCGAGCUUCUCUUCGAAGACGGAGUUUUCCGCUGGUCGCGCUUCGAGAACCUCCUCACCUCUUUGUUUCCCUCCUGCUCCUCCUUCUCCCCCUUUUCUCCCACUCACCCAACAUCGGCCUAUCCCUACAUGGCGAAACGCCUCCUCACCGACCCCAACCCUUACUUAAGGGACGCUCUAAUUGAACUCCUAUUCAAGGACGGAGUCUUUCGCUGGUCUCGCCUGGAGAACCUCCUCACGCAGGGGCAGAGAGACCGCGACUACAAGACAACCGAUGCCCUCCAGCCGCUCAUGGCCCUCAUUCUAGGCCGUGAGGGGAAGCCGCUGAGAGCACUGGUGGUUGCUGAAGGGGUGAGGGUUGCAGAGGCGCUGCUGGUGGCAGGGGCUGUGGAUGGGGCGUUGGAAGUGUUACCCGAUGCGGUUACCACCGCGCUGCUCCCCCGGCCGCUAGUGCCGCUGAGGGAAGCGUUAGAGGCGGCGAGAGGGGGGGGUGGGGGUGCGGGUGGGAGCGGGGGAGCGGGAGGGAGUGCGGGGGUGGGGAGGGGAGCGGGGAGGGGGGAUGCGAGAGGGAGGAGUAUGGAGGAAAUGGUGGAGUUGAGGGCUCAGGUGCUGCGGUGCUGGGCGCUGCUGAGGACUUCAGAUGGGUUUGACCCAGCGAGUCUGCUUCCUCUGGUUGAUGUGCUGCAACAGGAGGAGGUGAGGGAGAUGGGAUCGGACUUUGCUACAGCCUUGCUGCAGAGACUGGCAGCACGCUCGCUACAGCUGCUGCUACAACCUCCGCCUUCCUCGCAGGCCCCUGCAGCCGCACAAGCUCUAUAG